CAGUCGCCUUGCGCUCUGUGGCGCCUAGACAUUGCCUCCAGUAAUCUGGCGGUAGAGGGGAACUCGUCAGCGCUGCGAGGGGGGUGAAAGUUCAGACCCUGGGCUGGGUGACGUCAGCGAGGGGGCGGGGCGCCUCGGUGCUUCUCGGCGGAGGGGAAAGUCCGGGCUGUUUCAGUUGAGCCAAGGAAUGGGAGGCGCCCUAGCCUGCCCGCAGGCCACAGCGCUUGGAAUCCUGCCUUCCCUGCUAUCUCCCUGAGGCAAGGGGUGUGUGGGAAUGUCUCUUUACUGUUUGGAGGCUCAAGCCUUUCUUGCUUAAGGGUGGGGCCACACAGGCUUUUGAGAUUUUUUUCCCCUUGUAGUGUUUGGCUGAAAUGGAGCAGUUAUUGUGCAGAUGUUUUCUGUCUAGAUAGAAAAAGCAGAUUUUUCUUGCAGGGUGGUUUUUUGUUUGUUUAUUUCGUUUUUCGUUUUUCUGUCUGUGCCUGCUCUUUCUUGGGUGCUGGCUUCUCCAAAACCAGUCUGGAAGGUUGGAGGAGUGUUUCUCAAUGAGUCUCCACCUUACUUAUUGAGACACAGUGUGUCACUGAACCUGGAGCUCACUGACUCAACUUGACUGGGUAGCCAACAAACCCUAGGGACCCUGCUAUCCCUCAGCUUCUCCAGGAUUGUGAUUCCAUGCAUGUAUCACCGUGCCCAGGACGUUCUGACAAAUGCUCUAACAUUAAGCCAAGUGAAAUCAGCCAGUGACAAAAAUACAAAUGUUCUGAUCACACUUAACUAAGCUUCCUGUGUCUCUCAGCUUCCCCGAGAGACACUUCUCCUUGGUACCAGCUGUGCCUUCCCUGGGUGUGCAGCUGAGUUGUUUGCAGUUAACGAGCUUCAGAAAAUGUCAGCAUGAGGUUAUGCAAUGGUCUCUGCAAGAUGUUUUAUUCUUGAAUUGGAACCUUUUAAGACUGACAAAUGCUGGUACUUCGUCUUCUAUAAGUGGACUAUAAUUUCUUUUCUUAAGACAACUACAUAAGCAGACAAAAUUGCAAAGAUCUGCCCUGUGUCGAGUAUGACAGCCACGACUCGUGGCUCUCCAGUUGGAGGGAAUGACAACCAGGGCCAAGCUCCUGAUGGACAGUCUCAGCCCCCCCUCCAACAGAAUCAGACUUCAUCGCCUGAUUCAUCCAAUGAAAAUUCCCCUGCAACUCCUCCUGAUGAGCAAGGCCAAGGUGAUGCUCCUCCCCAGAUUGAAGAUGAGGAACCUGCAUUUCCACACACUGACCUGGCAAAGUUAGAUGAUAUGAUCAACAGGCCUCGCUGGGUCGUUCCAGUUUUGCCGAAAGGGGAAUUAGAAGUGCUUUUAGAAGCUGCUAUUGAUCUUAGUAAGAAAGGCCUUGAUGUCAAAAGUGAAGCAUGUCAGAGAUUUUUCCGAGAUGGGCUAACAAUCUCAUUCACAAAAAUCCUUACAGAUGAAGCAGUGAGUGGCUGGAAGUUUGAAAUUCAUAGAUGUAUUAUUAACAAUACUCAUCGCCUGGUGGAGCUGUGUGUGGCUAAGUUAGCCCAAGACUGGUUUCCACUUCUAGAACUUCUUGCCAUGGCCUUAAAUCCUCAUUGCAAAUUCCAUAUCUACAAUGGUACACGUCCCUGCGAGUCAGUGUCCUCAAGUGUUCAGUUGCCUGAAGAUGAACUCUUUGCUCGUUCUCCAGACCCUCGAUCACCAAAAGGUUGGCUAGUGGAUCUCCUCAACAAAUUUGGCACUUUAAAUGGAUUCCAGAUACUGCAUGAUCGUUUUAUUAAUGGAUCAGCAUUAAAUGUUCAGAUAAUUGCAGCCCUUAUUAAACCAUUUGGACAGUGCUAUGAGUUUCUUACUCUUCACACGGUGAAAAAAUACUUUCUUCCAAUAAUAGAAAUGGUUCCACAGUUUUUAGAAAACUUAACUGAUGAAGAGCUGAAGAAAGAAGCAAAGAAUGAAGCCAAAAAUGAUGCUCUCUCAAUGAUUAUUAAAUCAUUGAAGAGUUUAGCUUCACGAGUUCCUGGACAGGAAGAAACUGUAAAGAACUUAGAAAUAUUUAGGUUAAAAAUGAUACUUAGAUUAUUGCAAAUUUCUUCCUUCAAUGGAAAGAUGAAUGCACUGAAUGAGGUUAAUAAGGUGAUUUCCAGUGUGUCAUACUAUACCCAUCGGCAUGGCAGUUCUGAGGAAGAAGAGUGGCUCACAGCAGAGAGGAUGGCUGAAUGGAUACAGCAGAACAAUAUUUUAUCAAUAGUUUUACGAGAUAGUCUUCAUCAACCACAGUAUGUAGAGAAACUAGAAAAGAUUCUUCGCUUUGUCAUAAAAGAAAAAGCUCUGACCUUGCAAGAUCUUGAUAAUAUCUGGGCAGCACAGGCAGGGAAACAUGAAGCCAUCGUAAAGAAUGUCCAUGAUCUACUGGCCAAAUUGGCAUGGGAUUUUUCUCCUGAACAACUUGAUCAUCUUUUUGAUUGCUUUAAGGCCAGUUGGACAAAUGCAAGUAAAAAGCAACGUGAAAAGCUCCUUGAGCUGAUUCGUCGUCUUGCAGAAGAUGAUAAAGAUGGUGUGAUGGCACAUAAAGUGUUGAACCUUCUGUGGAAUCUAGCUCACAGUGAUGAUGUGCCUGUGGAUAUCAUGGACUUGGCUCUCAGUGCUCACAUCAAAAUACUAGAUUAUAGUUGCUCCCAGGACCGGGACACACAAAAGAUCCAGUGGAUAGAUCGCUUCAUAGAAGAACUUCGCACAAAUGACAAGUGGGUCAUUCCUGCACUGAAACAAAUUAGAGAAAUUUGCAGUUUGUUUGGUGAAGCACCUCAAAAUUUGAGUUCUUCUCGUUUCAGUCAAACUCAGAGAAGUCCCCAUGUAUUUUAUCGCCAUGAUUUAAUCAAUCAACUUCAGCACAAUCAUGCCCUAGUUACUUUGGUAGCAGAAAACCUUGCAACUUACAUGGAAAGCAUGAGACUGUAUGGCAGAGACAAUGAAGACUAUGACCCACAAACUGUGAGAGUGGGAAGUAGAUAUAGUCAUGUUCAAGAAGUCCAAGAACGUCUUAACUUUCUUAGAUUUUUAUUGAAGGAUGGCCAGCUAUGGCUGUGUGCUCCUCAGGCAAAACAAAUAUGGAAGUGCUUAGCAGAGAAUGCGGUUUAUCUUUGUGACCGUGAAGCCUGCUUUAAGUGGUAUUCCAAAUUAAUGGGAGAUGAACCAGACUUAGAUCCUGAUAUCAAUAAGGACUUCUUUGAAAGUAAUGUGCUUCAGCUUGAUCCUUCACUAUUAACUGAAAAUGGAAUGAAAUGUUUUGAGAGAUUCUUCAAAGCUGUGAAUUGUCGAGAAGGAAAACUAGUAGCAAAAAGAAGAGCCUAUAUGAUGGAUGAUUUGGAAUUGAUAGGAUUAGACUAUCUUUGGAGGGUUGUAAUUCAGAGUAAUGAUGAUAUUGCCAGCCGAGCUAUUGAUCUCCUCAAAGAGAUAUACACAAACCUUGGUCCAAGACUGCAGGUCAAUCAGGUGGUGAUCCAUGAAGACUUCAUUCAGUCUUGCUUUGAUCGUUUGAAAGCCUCUUAUGACACGUUGUGUGUUUUGGAUGGUGACAAAGACAGUAUUAAUUGUGCAAGACAGGAAGCUGUUCGAAUGGUCCGAGUAUUAACUGUUUUAAGAGAAUAUAUAAAUGAAUGUGACAGUGAUUAUCAUGAAGAAAGAACAAUUUUGCCUAUGUCAAGAGCUUUCCGUGGUAAACACCUCUCUUUUAUAGUUCGGUUUCCAAACCAGGGCAGACAAGUAGAUGACUUGGAAGUUUGGUCUCAUACAAAUGAUACCAUUGGUUCAGUUCGACGAUGUAUACUAAAUCGCAUUAAAGCCAAUGUAGCUCAUACAAAAAUUGAACUCUUUGUGGGUGGUGAGCUUAUUGAUCCUGGAGAUGACAGAAAGUUGAUUGGACAAUUAAACCUAAAAGAUAAAUCACUAAUUACAGCCAAACUUACACAAAUCAGCUCCAAUAUGCCGUCAAGUCCUGAUAGCUCCUCUGAUUCCUCAACUGGAUCUCCUGGAAACCAUGGUAAUCAUUACAGUGAUGGUCCCAACCCAGAGGUAGAAAGCUGUUUGCCUGGAGUGAUAAUGUCACUUCAUCCCAGAUACAUCUCUUUCCUUUGGCAAGUUGCAGACUUAGGGAGCAGCCUAAAUAUGCCCCCUCUUAGAGAUGGAGCAAGAGUUCUUAUGAAACUUAUGCCGCCAGAUAGUACAACAAUAGAAAAAUUAAGAGCUAUUUGUUUAGAUCAUGCCAAACUUGGAGAAAGCAGCCUUAGUCCAUCUCUUGACUCACUUUUCUUUGGUCCUUCAGCCUCACAAGUGCUAUACCUAACAGAGGUAGUCUAUGCCCUGUUAAUGCCUGCUGGUGCACCCCUGGCUGAUGACUCCUCUGAUUUUCAGUUUCACUUCUUGAAAAGUGGUGGUUUGCCCCUUGUUCUGAGUAUGCUAACCAGAAAUAACUUCCUACCAAAUGCUGAUAUGGAAACUCGAAGGGGUGCCUACCUCAAUGCUCUUAAAAUAGCCAAACUGUUACUAACUGCCAUUGGCUAUGGCCAUGUUCGGGCUGUGGCAGAAGCAUGUCAGCCAGGUGUAGAAGGCGUGAAUCCUAUGACAUCGGUCAACCAAGUAACUCAUGAUCAAGCAGUGGUGCUACAAAGUGCCCUUCAGAGCAUUCCUAACCCAUCAUCUGAAUGCAUGCUUAGAAACGUGUCUGUUCGUCUUGCUCAGCAGAUUUCUGAUGAGGCUUCAAGAUAUAUGCCUGAUAUUUGUGUAAUUAGAGCUAUACAAAAGAUUAUUUGGACAUCAGGAUGUGGGGGAUUACAACUGGUAUUCAGCCCAAAUGAGGAAGUCACAAAAAUUUAUGAGAAGACCAAUGCAGGCAAUGAGCCAGACCUUGAAGAUGAACAGGUUUGCUGUGAGGCAUUGGAAGUGAUGACACUGUGUUUCGCCCUGAUUCCAACAGCCUUAGAUGCUCUAAGUAAAGAAAAGGCUUGGCAGACAUUUAUUAUUGACUUACUGUUACACUGUCACAGCAAAACUGUCCGUCAAGUAGCACAGGAACAAUUCUUCUUAAUGUGCACCAGAUGUUGCAUGGGACACAGGCCUCUACUUUUCUUCAUUACUCUACUCUUUACUGUUUUGGGGAGCACAGCCAGAGAGAGGGCUAAACAUUCAGGCGACUACUUUACUCUUUUAAGGCAUCUUCUUAAUUACGCUUACAACAGUAACAUUAAUGUACCCAAUGCUGAAGUUCUUCUAAAUAAUGAAAUUGAUUGGCUUAAAAGAAUUAGGGAUGAUGUUAAAAGAACAGGUGAAACAGGCGUUGAAGAGACAAUCUUAGAAGGACACCUUGGGGUUACAAAGGAGCUACUGGCUUUUCAGACCCCUGAGAAAAAGUUUCAUAUUGGUUGUGAAAAGGGGGGUGCUAAUCUCAUUAAAGAAUUAAUCGACGAUUUCAUCUUUCCUGCAUCCAAUGUUUACCUCCAGUAUAUGAGAAAUGGAGAACUCCCUGCUGAGCAGGCCAUUCCUGUCUGUGGUUCACCAGCCACAAUUAAUGCUGGUUUUGAGUUACUUGUAGCAUUAGCUGUUGGCUGUGUAAGGAACCUCAAACAGAUAGUAGAUUCUUUGACUGAAAUGUAUUACAUUGGUACAGCAAUAACUACUUGUGAGGCACUUACUGAGUGGGAAUACCUGCCACCUGUUGGACCCCGUCCACCAAAAGGAUUUGUGGGGCUGAAAAAUGCUGGUGCUACUUGUUACAUGAAUUCUGUGAUUCAGCAACUCUAUAUGAUUCCCUCUAUCAGGAACGGUAUUCUUGCAAUUGAAGGCACAGGUAGUGAUGUAGAUGAUGAUAUGUCUGGGGAUGAGAAGCAGGACAAUGAGAGCAAUGUUGAUCCCAGGGAUGAUGUGUUUGGAUAUCCUCAACAAUUUGAAGACAAACCACCACUGAGUAAAACAGAAGAUAGAAAAGAGUACAAUAUUGGUGUUCUAAGACACCUUCAAGUUAUCUUUGGCCAUUUAGCUGCUUCUCGACUACAGUACUAUGUGCCCAGAGGAUUUUGGAAACAGUUCAGGCUUUGGGGUGAGCCUGUUAAUCUUCGUGAACAACAUGAUGCUUUAGAGUUCUUUAAUUCAUUGGUGGAUAGUUUAGAUGAAGCUUUAAAAGCCUUAGGGCAUCCAGCUAUGCUAAGUAAAGUCUUGGGAGGUUCCUUCGCUGAUCAGAAAAUUUGUCAAGGCUGCCCACAUAGGUAUGAAUGUGAAGAAUCUUUUACGACUCUGAAUGUAGACAUUAGAAACCACCAAAAUCUUCUUGAUUCUUUGGAACAGUAUGUCAAAGGAGAUUUACUAGAAGGGGCAAAUGCUUAUCAUUGUGAAAAAUGCAAUAAAAAGGUUGAUACUGUAAAGCGCUUGCUAAUUAAAAAGUUGCCUCCUGUUCUUGCUAUCCAACUAAAACGAUUCGAUUAUGACUGGGAAAGAGAAUGUGCAAUCAAGUUCAAUGAUUACUUUGAGUUUCCUCGAGAGUUAGACAUGGAGCCGUACACAGUUGCAGGUGUUGCUAAACUAGAGGGAGAUAAUGUCAACCCAGAAAGUCAGCUGAUACAACAGAAUGAGCAGUCUGAAAGCGAAAAAGCCGGAAGCACAAAAUACAGACUUGUGGGUGUGCUUGUACACAGUGGUCAAGCAAGUGGGGGACAUUACUAUUCUUACAUCAUUCAGAGGAAUGGAGGAGAUGGUGAAAAAAAUCGUUGGUAUAAAUUUGAUGAUGGAGAUGUAACAGAGUGUAAAAUGGAUGAUGAUGAAGAAAUGAAAAACCAGUGUUUUGGUGGCGAGUACAUGGGAGAAGUGUUUGAUCACAUGAUGAAGCGCAUGUCGUACAGGCGGCAGAAAAGGUGGUGGAAUGCAUAUAUACUUUUUUAUGAAAGAAUGGAUACGAUAGAUCAUGAUGAUGAGGUGAUAAGAUACAUAUCAGAGAUUGCUAUCACCACAAGGCCCCAUCAGAUUGUUAUGCCAUCGGCCAUUGAAAGAAGUGUGCGGAAGCAGAAUGUCCAAUUCAUGCAUAACCGAAUGCAGUACAGUUUGGAAUAUUUUCAGUUUAUGAAAAAGCUACUUACAUGUAAUGGUGUUUAUUUAAACCCUCCACCAGGGCAAGAUCACCUGUCUCCUGAAGCAGAAGAAAUCACUAUGAUUAGUAUUCAGCUUGCUGCUAGGUUCCUUUUUACUACAGGAUUUCACACAAAGAAAAUAGUCCGAGGAUCCGCCAGUGAUUGGUAUGAUGCAUUGUGUAUUCUCCUCCGUCACAGCAAGAAUGUGCGGUUUUGGUUUGCUCACAAUGUGCUUUUUAAUGUUUCAAAUCGAUUCUCUGAGUACCUUUUGGAAUGCCCUAGUGCAGAAGUGAGAGGUGCAUUUGCUAAACUUAUAGUUUUCAUUGCACACUUUUCCUUACAAGAUGGGCCUUGUCCUUCACCUUUUGCAUCUCCUGGACCUUCUAGUCAGGCUUAUGAUAACUUAAGUUUGAGUGACCACCUACUAAGAGCAGUACUAAAUCUCUUGAGGAGGGAGGUUUCAGAGCAUGGACGUCAUUUACAGCAGUAUUUCAACUUGUUUGUAAUGUAUGCCAAUUUAGGAGUGGCAGAGAAAACACAGCUGCUCAAACUGAGUGUACCUGCUACCUUUAUGCUUGUGUCCUUAGAUGAAGGUCCUGGUCCUCCAAUUAAAUAUCAGUAUGCUGAAUUAGGCAAAUUAUACUCCGUAGUGUCACAGUUAAUCCGCUGUUGCAAUGUCUCUUCAAGAAUGCAGUCUUCAAUCAAUGGUAAUCCUUCUCUUCCAAAUCCUUUUGGUGAUCCUAAUUUAUCACAACCUAUAAUGCCAAUUCAACAAAAUGUGGUAGACAUUUUAUUUGUGAGAACAAGUUAUGUGAAGAAAAUUAUUGAAGACUGCAGUAACUCUGAUGAGACCGUCAAAUUGCUUCGCUUUUGCUGCUGGGAGAAUCCUCAGUUCUCAUCUACUGUCCUGAGUGAACUUCUUUGGCAGGUUGCGUAUUCCUAUACUUACGAACUCCGGCCCUAUUUGGAUCUGCUUUUACAAAUCUUACUGAUUGAAGACUCCUGGCAGACUCACAGAAUUCAUAAUGCCCUUAAAGGAAUUCCAGAUGACCGAGAUGGGCUGUUUGACACAAUUCAGCGUUCUAAGAAUCACUAUCAAAAAAGAGCAUACCAAUGUAUAAAAUGUAUGGUAGCCCUCUUUAGCAGUUGUCCUGUGGCUUACCAAAUCCUGCAGGGCAAUGGAGAUCUUAAAAGGAAAUGGACCUGGGCAGUAGAGUGGCUUGGAGAUGAACUCGAAAGAAGACCAUACACUGGCAAUCCUCAGUACACUUACAACAACUGGUCUCCUCCAGUGCAAAGCAAUGAAACAUCAAAUGGCUACUUCUUGGAGAGAUCACAUAGCGCUAGGAUGACACUUGCAAAAGCUUGUGAACUCUGUCCUGAGGAGGUAAAAAAAGCCACAAGUCUACAAGAGAUAGAAAUGGAAGAAAGCAAAGAACCAGAUGACCAAGAUGCCCCAGAUGAGCAUGAAUCACCUCCACCUGAAGAUGCCCCAUUAUACCCCCAUUCCCCUGGAUCUCAAUAUCAGCAGAAUAACCAUGUGCAUGGACAGCCCUAUACAGGCCCAGCCGCACAUCACAUGAACAACCCUCAGAGAACUGGCCAACGAGCACAAGAAAAUUAUGAAGGCAGUGAAGAAGUGUCCCCACCUCAGACCAAGGAUCAGUGAAAUGCACAUAUUAACUGGUUCCAUCAAGACUGUGCACCCAGGCCUUACAGUCCAACUUUUUUCUGUGUCUGGCUAAUAUUUCAAACUAGAAAACUAUUCCUAAUCAACAUGGAGUGGAGAGUUUAUUCACUGUCUUAUCUGCAGAAAUUUGCUGUCAAUAUAUAACCCGCCUGCAGUGGAAAGUGUAUAGUGUUUUGUAAUAAAUGGCCUGAUGCUAAUGUGUAAAUGGCAAAGGUGUAUAUAGUAUAUUAAUGUUUGACUGUUAAUUCUUAAGCAAGAGACUUUUUUUUUUCUUGAUGAGACUCACAGAUCUACAAAACUACAUUAAUUUUCUUGUUACUCCCUCUGCACUCUGCAGCCAGUGUUGCCUACCUUGUGGCAGUUGGAUCACCUCCUUUACAAAAACAAAAAGUAAACCAACAUCAACAAAACAGCCCAUUCAUUCAUGUCACACCAAUAGUUUCGUGUUCAUUGUUUGCCACUGGAGUCAAUUUUACUAUGAGCAAUGUAAGGCUGGUUACCUUUUAAUUAUUUGGUUGAUGUGGAAAAUUGGUGAUGUACUAUGUUUCUAGGUCUUUUUCAUUGCCUUUUUAUUCUGAUGUUAGGUUAAUCACUUUGAAGCUAUAGAUAUGCUGUAACAUUUAGCAUGGCUUCACACAAGUUAGUGUAGCCAGUGAAGAAAUAUUACCAUAAUGACUGCAGUUGUCCUGACAUGGCAUCUGCAUUGCUCGGAGCUUUCCUUCUUAAACCCUAGGUUAUAAACUACAGACUGAGGGAGAACUGUUGCAAGCAGGCGGUUCUCAAUUACACACAUGUUCUUCUCAUGUUUGACAGUGUGAUCUCUGGGUGGAAUAAAGAACACUUAAACUUAACAACUUGGUAAUGGGAAUUUUGAAAGAUUUAAAACAAAAUAAGCAAAAAUUUGCUACACCAGGAUGCUGGCUGGAGCCUAGUAGACUGUAUUUGGUGUGCUUAUUUCGUUCUUUGCUAGAGCUUACUAAGUGACUCUUUUCAAACUGUCCUUCUGUGCGAUCCCAGUGAUGCGGAAGUCCUCAGAAUCCCACAAUCUUUGGAGUACCUUUGCACCAAGGUCUCUGGCUGAUUUCUCUGCUCAGUCAUAAUUUUACUUGAAAGCAAAAUGGUCCUAGCUCCUUUUCCAUUAUUCCAAAAAAUUUAACAUUCAAAGCAGGGUCUAAUUUAAAACGUUACUGGUAGUUAAUAUAAUUGACUGAUUAAAUUUUAGAGUAAACAAUUUGAAUAAAGAUAAAGGAAUCAGUUAAAACUGUAUUUCAAAGAAAAUUGGUGACUUGAAUAUGUGUAAUUUUUUGGAACCUGUCUAAAACCAAAUACCCCUGCAAACAGAUACAACCUACCCUAUUUAAAUAUUUUGCUGUUUUAUUUUAUAGAAAUUAUUUUGCUGAAUUUGCAAAUAGAAUUUGAUUUAAGAAGAACUUUUUGUCCUGUGGUGUGUUUGGGGGUUUUGGUACCUUCUCUGUCUGCCUGUGUGUGUGUGUGUGUCUGCCUGCCCCCCACCCCUCUCUGAGGACUGCAUAUUUCUGGAAAGCUAAUUCUGUGCAUAGCAUGUUUACACAACCUACAGUGAAGAUUUUAAGUCUCAUUAAGUUUUUGUGCACAGAAAGAUGGGGUCUUUGGCUCUUUACUAAAGACUUGGAGAACAGGAUGUUGACGCUGUAAAAGUUCCCUAGCAAUCAAUCUUACACUUUUUGUAUGUUUUUAUAUACAUGUGUAUUUAAUGAGCACAAGCUUGGUUGUAUUUUUAUGAUUCAGUUGAUAGGAAAAUGUUGAAAGGCUAUAGUUGGCAUUGAUCAAAGCAGAAGCAAAAUUGAGCAUUAUGUUAUUUUGUGAUUUAAAAGGGGCAGUAUUUAAGAUAAAGGUUUAGGUGUCUUAUUUGCAGUAUUCCACAGUUCUGCUUCUAGGCUGCCUGUAAUUUUAGCAACUUUUGACACCAGCUAGAGUCUGUUUACAUCAGAAUUUGCUUUUGUUUUGGUUUUUGGAGCCUGGGGAUCCAGGGCCUGAAGUCCCCCCAGGCAAGUGCUCUACAACUCAGGCUGAGCCUCCAGCCCGAGUUGAAGUUUGAGCAAAGAUUGUACAGUGUUUGCAGUUCCAACUGGAAGUUUUUUAAAGUUCUUCAAGUAGUGAAGUAGGUUGGCUUUGUUUGGACCAGUAACUGGUACUAGUUACAGUAUCUUACCAUCUGACAUGCGAGUUUGGGAUUUUCUGCUUCUUAAGGAAAUUAUGAAAUACUUAAAACUUAGUGACUUCCUAGAUAAGAGAAAACUUGACAUUUUCAAAGGCUGUGAAUUUUUCUUGGAGGAAUUCUACCCCCUACCCCCUUUAGUUGCUUUGAGUGUGUAAGCCCACCAGUUCCAGAUGAUGAGGGCUUAUGAGUCAUGGUUCCCUUUCAUUUGAGGAAGAGUAGGCCUAUGUCGUGAACAGGAGUGAGGGAAGGUGAACAGAGUUAUUUUUGUUUGUUUGUGCAAAUUAUUUUCUAUAUUAACUCUUUAAGCAUUAAUGUAUAACCGGAAAUUUUAAGAUGCAUGUUAUUGUAAGAGCAACAUAGUGGUGAUUUUGAGGUCUUUCUCUAAAACAUAAGUGGCACAUUUUAAAAUUCAAGUCUUAAAGUGCCUCAAAGUUAUUUUAUUCUCUCAACUGAUUUCUUUUGAGCCAUAUGUUUUCUCCUUUAAAUGUUUGUUAUAGAAUCACUAGUCUUCGUUUGAAGUACUCCCACGUUUCUAAAUGGCAUGAUUACUCUAUUGAAGACAGUAGAAUCUGUUAACGUAAGACUGAAGAGAUUUUGGGGUUGGGGAUUUAGCUCAGUGGUAGAGCGCUUGCCUAGGAAGCGCAAGGCCCUGGGUUCGGUCCCCAGCUCCGAAAAAUAGAACCAAAAAAAAAAAAAAAAAAAAAAGACUGAAGAGAUUUUAGUUGUGCAACUGUGUAAACUGGGGCUCUGCCCAGUCGGAUCUAAGUAUUUUUGUGUACAACUUGGUAAACACCAUAUUGCUGCUGUUUCUAAGCCCUCCACCUUACUGACUUCUCGUGUUUAGCAUCGCAGAGGCAGAAAUACAAGCAUAAACAUAUAUGGGCUUUGUUUCUUUUUGUUGAUUUUUCUCAGUGAUGAUUUCCCAGCUUUUUUUUUUUGUCUCUUAGCUAUGAUUAUACAGACCUAGAAUUAUUCAAAUGUUUUCUAUUUUCAUGAUUAACUUUUAUUAGGGGACAAUAACAACUUAAGUCUUUAAUCCUCAUAUUGGUUAAAAGAUGAGGAGCCUUUUUUAUUUGAAUUACUUUUGUAAAAGAAAGCAACAGUCUGAAUAUUCAGGUGACUACUUUGGCAUAGUUCUUCAGGUUUUUAUUAGUGUUUUUCCAGGUUAUGUUUUUCCCAUGAACUUUUUACUUUGUUAAUUUUGUGGUUAAUUUGGUGGCUAUAUCCUGCCUUAUUUAGGAUUUUAGGAAAUUGCCUUUUUGUGAUAAGUGCCCAGUUUUUAUUUCUAGUUUGAAGGUACGAGGACAUACCGACUGCUGAUAAAGGAAAACAGCACCCCUUUGCCCCAGCUUUUGUGUUACCAAUAGAACCAUUCGCAGUACUGGUUUCAUUGUAGGGCCCAACCAGAAUUGGUCCUGCACCUACAUGAGUGUUGCAUAUUUGGAAAGGGUUUGGGUGUGAUAAAUCACUACGGAAGUGCUGAAUGUAUUAAGAACUCGCUGCCGAUUGUAUUUCUAACGAUUAUUUUGUGUUUGCACUUGUCCUCCAAGCUUCCAGGUGUAAGGGGGAAAGGUGAACCACAUUUUAAAGUCACUAAUGAGUGCAAUUUUUUUUGGAAUUGGGGUUCCCAAGAGGAAAUUUCACCACCCAAAUCUUACAUACUUCUUAGCCUUUUACAAGCCAACAGACUGACAUAAAGAUUGUCUGCAAUUCGUAAGAUCUAGCACAUAUACAAAAAUAAAACUUUAUAAAUUAAA